UUUCUUUACACAGAUAUAUUUAAUUGGUUUUGUUAAAUAACGGCCUUUGUUUGUGCUUAGCCGACUUCAAAAAAUAUGAGGCUUUCAAUUCGCAUGUGUUAUUAAGUGCAGAACUUUUUCUGAGUGAACCGACUUUAAUGAUUCUUCAUUUUUACUGAACUUCCUUUGCUUCUCGUGUGGUUCCAUUUAAAAUUUUAACAAGACCAGCCCAAAACUUUUUGAGAACCAGUUAUGGGGCAUCGGAUGAUAGCGCUCGUAUUCGCGGUGGCCGCGUUCGCCGUCGGCUCCUGCGGCCCGCCAGGGAAACCGAACCUCGGCUGGGGCGAGCGCACGUUCGCGAUCGUCGAAGUCAACCAAGCGGCCACAGCUUACAACCAGCUCGUGACCAAGAAGGACGCCGCCGACGUCUCCGUCAACUGGAACGUGUGGACCGGCGACGCGGCCGACAAGUCCAGAGUCCUGCUCGAUAAGAAGGAAGUCUGGAGCGGUGCCGGCAGCGCCACAUCGGCCGCUUUCAAAGUGAAGAAGGGCGGAAGAUACCAGAUGCAGGUCGAGCUCUGCAACUCAGACGGAUGCAGCUCUAGCGAGGGCGUCGAAAUCGUAGUAGCUGACACUGAUGGUAGCCAUUUGAGGCCUCUCGAUUAUUCUAUUGGUGAGAAAAAUAAGCCCUUCAAGCAGACUUCGGGAAAAGUGGUGGGCGCUUACUUCGUCGAAUGGGGUGUGUAUCCUAGAAAGUUCCCUGUGGACCGCGUUCCGGUUCCGAACCUGACUCAUUUGCUCUACGGCUUCAUUCCGAUUUGUGGUGGUGAUGGCAUCAAUGACAGUUUGAAAGAAAUUGAGGGCAGUUUUCAAGCACUACAACGUUCAUGCAGCGGCCGUGAAGACUUCAAGGUUUCUAUCCACGAUCCCUGGGCGGCCCUGCAGAAACCUCAAAAGGGAUUAUCGUCCUGGAACGAGCCCUACAAAGGUAACUUCGGGCAGCUGAUGCAGUUGAAACAAGCGAAUACUGGCUUAAAGGUCUUACCUUCAAUUGGUGGCUGGACAUUGGCCGAUCCCUUCUUCUUCUUCACCGACAAAACCAAGCGUGAUCGUUUCGUUGCCUCCGUGAAAGACUUCCUCCAAACUUGGAAGUUCUUCGAUGGUGUCGACAUUGAUUGGGAGUUCCCAGGUGGCAAAGGCGCUAACCCUGAUCUCGGUAGUCCUAAAGACGGAGAUGUAUACGUUCAGCUCAUGAAGGAAUUACGUCAAAUGUUGGAUGAGCUGGCGGCUGAGACUGGUAGAACUUACGAGUUGACCUCUGCCAUCAGCGCCGGUUGGGACAAGAUCCAAGUCGUGAACUACAAGGAAGCCCAGAAAUACAUGGACCAUAUCUUCGUUAUGAGUUACGACUUCAAGGGUGCCUGGUCUAACGACACUCUGGGACACCAGACUGCUCUAUAUGCUCCAUCUUGGAGUCCUAAGGAAACUUACACCACCGACUUCGGUAUCAGGUACCUGCUGACCCAAGGUGUCCAGCCCAAAAAGCUGGUUGUCGGUGUUGCUAUGUACGGACGUGGUUGGACUGGAGUUCACGACUACAACGACGACAUACCCUUCACUGGAGUUGCUAAUGGUCCAGUUAAAGGAACUUGGCAGGACGGUGUGGUGGACUAUAGGGAGAUCGUGAAUGGCAUCACUUCAGGAACAUGGCAGUACUUUUACGAUAAAGUUGCUCAAGCUCCAUACGUGUGGAAUCCUACAACCGGCGAUCUGGUGACUUAUGAUGACGCAAGAUCAGUUAUUGAGAAGGGGAAAUACGUGAGGAACAAUAAGCUUGGUGGACUGUUCGCUUGGGAAAUAGACGCUGACAAUGGCGAUAUCCUGAACGCUAUGAAUAUGGGCUUAGGAAAUUCCGCUUAGGGUUAGCUUGUCUGAUUUGGAUUCGAAUAACUGAUCGGAAUCAAAAAACUUUGUGAUUUUCAUCAUUUCACAGUCUAAGCGUUUUUUUUUUUAUAUUUACAUGAUUUAUUUAGUGAACGUUUUGUAAUUGUGAUUAUGAUUAAAAUUGUAUUUCUUUGUUUCGUAUGAGGCGGUAUGAGGCUUAGCAUUGUGAUUACUAUCGUCAUCAUCAUCAUCAUCAUCAUCAUCAUCAUCAUCAUCAGCCUAUAGCAGUCCACUGAUAGACAUAGGCCUCUCCAAUUGUUCGCCACUGAGCAGGAUUUUCGGCUUCUCUCAUCCAGUUCCUGCCAGCCACCCUGCACCCCCAUCAUCACUCCACCGAGCCUAAGGGCGUCCCGCACUGCGUUUUCCAAUUCGCGGUCUCCACUCAAGAACGCGUUUAACCCAACGGUUAUCGGUUGUCCGGCUAAAACGACCAGCCCAUUGAUUUAAUGUAUACAGCGCGCGAAUUGUAUUUUUUGGUUCUGAUCAUAUUAUUAUUGUAUGGUAAACGAAAAAUGUGAUUGUAAUAUUUAAGCUAGUGUUAUAAGUUCGGUCUCAAAUUUGUAUGGACGGAUGAUUGUUCAAUAAACAAAUUACGUUAAAA